AUGGAGACUGGUGGUAAGGUGAAGAAAGGUGCCGGUGGAAGGAAAGGUGGGGGUCCCAAGAAGAAGCCGGUGACCCGGUCCGUCAAGGCCGGUCUGCAGUUUCCGGUCGGUCGUAUUGGACGGUACUUGAAGAAGGGAAGGUAUGCUCAGAGAGUUGGGUCUGGAGCUCCGGUUUACUUGGCCGCGGUUCUUGAGUACCUCGCAGCUGAAGUGCUUGAAUUAGCUGGAAAUGCAGCUCGGGACAACAAGAAGAACAGAAUUAUCCCAAGGCAUCUGUUAUUGGCUGUGAGGAACGAUGAAGAGCUUGGAAAAUUGCUCGCCGGUGUGACCAUUGCUCAUGGUGGUGUGCUUCCAAACAUCAACCCAGUCCUCUUGCCCAAGAAAUCAGAGAAGGCCGCCGCCAAAGAGCCUAAAUCUCCAUCCAAGGCCACCAAGUCUCCCAAGAAGGCUUAA